CUUCCUAUCGCCCGUUUUCAUGUGAAUUGUGCUAUCAGUCGUUUACCAGAAGUGAGAAUCUCGAACGACAUAAACAGACCAGACACGGCGGCGUGACUCGCAAACUAUACGAAUGUCGACAAUGUCAAGCGAGAUUCUCUCGAAGGGAUGUCUGCAAACGACAUACGGAGCGAUGUCAAGGUCGACCUGUCCAGCGCCAACAAGUGCAAGUGGAAGUCCGGCAAGAUCAAGAUCCCCUCCCGGCUGAAUGGCCAAAUGAAGAUUCGCUGUCCAUGUUUGCUGCGCUUGUGCCUUCGCCUGGGUUGACGUUUGAUCCUGAGAAUCCUAUCUUUGAUGCGCCGAUGCCGGCGGUUGAGAGUGUUGGAUCGCCGUCUGUGGAUUCUACGUUGAGUAUUGAAGCAACAAACACGUAUAUUAAAUCAUUCUUUGAACACUUUUAUCCCUCUCUUCCACUCGUCCAUCGACCUACUUUUACCACAGCAUCAACACCAAAGACACUUAUGAACAUCACCGCGAUUAUAGGGAGCUUAUAUACAGCGCAGAGCUACUCGAAAGAGGAACAGGUUACUUGUGCUAACUGGCGAAGAAAGGCCUGGGAAGACGGAUAUGAUGAGUUGAGUAAUUUAACCUCAUCCGACUGGAAAGAACUCGGGAAGACAUGGGUGAUACAAGCAUGGCUGCUGCAUAUCAUCUACGGCGCAUAUCUGGGCGAUGGAUCGCAUUACGAAAUGGCCAAGCAGAUGCUUCGUUCUCUGGUUGAUGCCAUCCGUGAACUGGGCGUACUGCAACAAUCCACUGCCUUCCCCCUCGCCACAUCGUGGAUCGCACAAAGCAAACGAAGCCCAUUACGCAGCGAAUCCCAGCCCCUCCAGGAAUGCUGGAUGGCGUAUGUAAACGAGGAAUCAAUGAGGUUAUCCCUCUAUGUUCUUCUCUUUUUGGAUACGCAGAUAUCAUCACCGUGUAACCUGCGGCCUCUGAUAUCGCCAAUCGAAUUUGGGUGGGAACUGCCGUAUUCCAGCUCAUUAUGGGAGGCGAAUAACGCGCAUAACUGGCUGCAGCGAUUAUCAGACGAAUAUCUGGGUCCGAGUACAAGUCCAUACGGGGAACUUCAUCUAGAACGAGGAAAGGCGACGAGCUCGCUCUCGCUGGCGACGCAGGAAUUAAUGUCUGAAUGUCCCAGUCCAGGGCUACUGGCCACAUUGCAAGCAUCGCCAUUCGCAACGCUGUGUGUGUUGACGAAUCUCGACCAGCUUGUUCGUGACUUUACACGAUGCUAUUAUCAGCUUCCACCGAAUCUCUCAGAUCCAUCUGCUUUUCACAUCCUCACGCAGUCUCAAAACAGACAAGUCAUGGCUGCGAUUCGCAUCGUCACUAAGAUGGUUCAACAACCACCCAAACCAUCGCAAGCCCUCCUCUGGCAUGCAAUCGAACUCAUGACAUUCUCUAUAAAAGUCAGCCUCUGUCAACCCGAUGAACUCUUAAUCGGCGGUGUCGUGGAUACAUCUCUCGUUGCUGGCCUCGCGACAGCCACGCAUCUCACGCUGGGGAGUUACGUUGCUGUGCGUCGAUCUGCGCCGUUUCGAUUACAGCAAAAGUCAAAAGAUGACGGGGCGUUGUCUAUUAUCAGUGAGCUGUUAACGGGAUUAUCGAGGAUUAUGGCUGUAGAAGAACUAGGGUUUGCGGCGCGAGAAGCACCCUGGGCGACGGUCGCCAGCUUUCGCAUGCUCCUUAUGAUCUGGCAGGUAUUACGGCGUGCGACGUCUGAAAUACGCAAGCAUAUCAAAGCAGAGAAUAAAGCGCCGGAGAAGUUUGAGCCGUCGAUGUUGAUAUUUAGUGCGUUGAUGGAGGCGUUGGUGGGGUUCGCAGCGGACGAGACGAGGUAUUCUCGAGAUAGUGAUGUAUUGAGUAGUCUGGAUGAAAGUGAGGCGUUGUUUAUGAAGAUUAUCUUUCGGAUUUGCCAAUCUCGGAGUGUUUGGGGCAUUGGAGAUGCGAUGGAGAAGUUGAUGGAGGAGAUCAAGGUGGAGUGAGGAGCUCCACCUCCACUUGUAUCGUUUAAAUAUGGUCGCAUUGUAUUAUUUUCGCUCUGUCAAUCAUUACUGUC